AAGCCCCAAAACCCGAGCCGGUGACCUCUCUCUCCUUCUGAAACCCAACACCAAGCGCCAACCUAACUCUAGCAGCCGCGGCGGCGGCGCGCGGCGGCGGCGGAGAUGGUGUCCGGAUCGGGGAUCUGCGCGAGGAGGGUGGUGGUGGACGCGCGCCACCACAUGCUCGGCCGGCUGGCGUCGAUCUUGGCGAAGGAGCUCCUCAAUGGCCAGAGAGUUGUGGUGGUGCGGUGCGAGGAGAUCUGCCUCUCCGGUGGCCUCGUCCGACAGAAGAUGAAGUACCUCCGCUUCCUCCGCAAGCGCAUGAACACCAAGCCCUCCCACGGCCCCAUCCAUUUCCGCUCCCCCGCGAAGAUCCUCUGGCGCACUAUCCGUGGGAUGAUUCCUCACAAGACCAAGCGUGGAGCUGCGGCGCUGGCGAGGCUCAAGGCCUACGAGGGCGUGCCGCCCCCCUACGAUAAGACGAAGCGGAUGGUUAUCCCCGAUGCUCUCAAGGUGUUGAGGCUUCAGGCAGGGCACAAGUAUUGCUUGCUGGGUCGGCUCUCCAAGGAGGUGGGAUGGAGCUAUUAUGAUACCAUCAGGGAAUUGGAGGAGAAGAGGAAGCAGAGGUCUCAGGUUGCCUAUGAGAGGAGGAAGCAGCUGGCUAGGCUGCGCGUGAAGGCAGAGAAGGCAGCUGAAGAGAAGCUUGGCUCUCAACUCAGCAUUCUGGCCCCAUUGAAGUACUGAUAGGCUUGUUUUAUAGAGUAAACAGUUUUGCAGCAGAUCUCCACUCUCAUCUCAGACUUUCUUAUGAAAUCUUUUUAUAUUUGAAAUAUGUAGCUUUGUGGCAUCAGUAACUUUUGAGUCUGUCAAUCUGGUUACGUCUGUUUGGAUUAAAAUGGUUUUGCGCUGAACUAAGUUCCAAUGAUCUAAUGGAUGCAAUUUUUGUUUUCAAGCCA